AUGAUUCCAAUUAGACCACUUGCGCGUGUUUUGACGCACGUUUUAUGGAUUGCGGGUGGAAGCGUGGUAAGAGCCACUUACAAAGCGUAUAAGGAGGCUGUGCGCAACAACAAUGUCUCCAUGGAAUCCUACUUUAGACGUCAAAUGUCAAAGGAAGAAGCCGCAAAAAUACUAGGCUUUGCAUCGCAUGAAGGAGUUACUGUCCAACAGAUUGAGGAAGCUCAUCAGAGACUUCGGAAUAUAAACACACCGUCCAGUAACUUUGCUGGGUCUCCCUAUCUUUUAGAAAAAAUUGACGCUGCCCAGCACAUUUUAAGGAGCAAACAACCGUAG